AUGACCCAGGAUGCGAUCAACCUGUUUGAGGGCAGCGCCGGGCAGUUGGAACCUUCCCAGUUCACCGACGAAGAGACCGCCCGCGAGACCCUGGGAACCGAGGGCACGGUGGCUUCGGGGAGAAUGUCAUUGUCAUUCGCCAUCGAACUACUGCGCCGGUACUUCGGCAGCGGCGUGUUCAACCACACCGGCACGGUUGAUCUGAGAUUCCUGCGGCCGGUCCGUCCCGGCGACACAAUCACCUUCACGGGGACGGUUGCCGGCGUGAGUCGGGAAGUGAAUGGCAGUCGGGUAUCGGUGGAGAUCAAGGCCGAGAACCAGCGCGGCGAUACCACCGGAGUGGGUCAGGGCAGCGCGGUCGUCCCCAACGCCUUUCUCCCCCAGGACGAGUAA